GGGCGGGAGGCGGGAGCGCGGCCGCGCGUGAGGGACGGGCGGAGCGGGCGAACGGCGCUGAGGGGCGAUGUCGGCUUGGGGAGGAUUCGGCGACCCUCAGCUUCUAAACCGUCGCAUCCCCACGAAUCCCAAGUAUGAGCAUAUAAAAACUCGUCUGGAUACUGGAAACAGUUUGUCAAAAUACAUGGAAAAAUUGGAGCAGAUCAAAAGGAAUUACAGGUAUAGAAAGGACGAGCUGUUUAAAAGGCUGAAGGUGACAACUUUUGCCCAGCUGGUUCUCCAGGUGGCCUCUCUGUCCAACGAAACCUUAGAAGUGACAAACGAGGAGCUGCACAAGCUGCAAGAUGCUGCAGGCGACGACGCGGCAGCGGGGACAAACGGGAAGGGGAGCCCUGAGGGGACACCCAGCUCCAUCCUGUUCCUGAACAACUCGGGAGGAGGGGAAUCCCACCGCUCCACGCUGCAGAGUGUGAUCAGCGGGGUUGGGGAGAUGGACGUGGAGAAGGAUUCCCCGAAGGAAGAGGAUCCCCAGGCCAAGGAGAGGCCUUAUCCCGACUGCCCGUUCCUGCUGCUGGACGUGCGGGACCGCGACGCCUACGAGCAGUGCCACAUCGUGGGCGCACAUUCCUACCCCAUUGCAACGUUAUCCAGAACCAUGAAUCCGUACACAAACGAUAUUCUGGAAUAUAAAAACGCCCACGGGAAAAUCAUCAUCGUCUACGACAACGACGAGCGCUUGGCGAGCCAGGCGGCCACCACCAUGUGCGAGAGGGGCUUCGAGAACCUCUUCAUGUUAUCCGGGGGCCUCAAGGUCCUCGCCCAGAAGAUCCCGGAGGGGCUGAUCACGGGCACGCUCCCGGUGUCCUGCCAGGUGACGGCUCCCGCGGGAACUGCCCGCAGGAAAACCGUUCCCAGGGCGCCAGCGGCGCGCGCGGAGAACAAGUGGAGGUUUUCUGCAGAUGACCUGCAGAAGUUGAAGCAUUACCUGGCCGAGGAGCACGUUCCUUCCGACACCGCCAGCCGCCUCACCCGAGGCGUUUCCAGCCGCGAUUCCAAGCUCUCGUCCGUGAGGAGCAACCCCAGCCCUUCCAGCACCGUGAGAUCGCUGAGCAGCAGCUCCCACAGCAGGACCAGCGUCCAGAAAAGGCCGUGGAAAUAAACGAGCGGCCAGGUUUUGAGAAUCCUCGGCGCUGCAGCCCCCUUUUGUGGUUUUUAGGAAUCCUCGGGGAAUAAGCGGCCGUGCUGAGGUUCGGGCAGCUCGGGUAAGGCUUGGGAAUGUUUCCUAGGAGCAGGAAUGGCAUCACUUGAGGCGCAGGGCAGGACAGAGGUGAGACAACUGGUUUUGUAGGGGAGGGAGCAAACUGGUAGUAAAGGCUGGGACCGGUAGGAACUGUUCCACGAAGCUGAAGGAAUUUGUGUCUGUAACAUUCCCGGGCUGUGCCUGGAACCGUGAGGGUGAACGGGCCACAAAUCAUCUGUGAGCACGAACUUCGGUGGUUUUAGCGGAGAUAAAAACAUCCAGCGACUUGCCAAAUGUGAGAGAAGAUCCUGGAAGGGUUGGUUUGUUUUUUUUUUAGUUUCUUUUAAAAUAAAUUAUGCUAAUGAACAGAAGUCUUUCUAGUAAAGGUGGUUUUUAUUGCCCAGUUGGUGCCGUGACGGUCGUGCUUGCUCGUGGACAUUUUGUGAGUUGCUGUGUUUUUUUCAAGGUCAGCUGGAGGAGAAGAACUGGAAUUUUUUUUUUUUCCCCAGUGACUCCUUUGCCAGCGUUUUUUUAGGCGUUUCUUUAAGGUUUAGGGUGGCUGAAGGGGAAUUUGCUGCUGCUGCCCCACCAGGCUCCCUAAAACCCAGCAAGGACCUGGAAUCUGGAACUGAACAGGGCGAAGGUUUCCUGGAAAAUGAGUAGCACAGUUUUCCUUGAACUGACGCUUCUGGAUAACCUGGGAACCCUCUGAUUUCCCUGAGCCGCCUGUGGGACGCUUUGGAGGUGAUUUUGGAGGAAUUCCGCUCCGGUUUUUCCACCUGGCAUUGCUGAGCCUGAUCCCGCUUUGGUUAUCGCGGUCUCGUGGGGUUUGUGUGUAUUUUUUGGAUUCAGUGUUUUUCCCCCUUUUUGAAGCGGACAAAUCUUCAACGCAUCCCAAAACUCACUGGUGAUUUUGGGACAAUUCUGGUGAAAGGACAAAAAGUAGGAGAAACGACGUGUGAUUUCCAGUUUGGCAGCAUCCCUGAGCACAUUUGUCUUUUGUUGUGUCUCUGAGUGUGAAAUCAGACAAUGCUGAUUGCAGGACUGGCAGGUCCAGUCUGAUAAAGCCCUGCUGCUGUGGGAGUAGAUUUUUCCAGCUCCGUGAGCUCUUGGAAGUGUUGCUUUGGCUAAAAAUCCUGAUUUUGCUAUCCAGCUGUGGGAGACAGAUCCAGAAUCCCUGGCUGCUCCGUGCUGCAUGAAAACCUCCUGGUGAAAGGGGCAAAACUCUCAAAAGGUGUUUGAGUUCCUCCAAAUCCAAGGAAUCAAAGCAAAGACUGGAUGCACUUUCCCACCACCUCGAUGGAUUUGUGUGGAUUUGGACUCUGGGGUGUUGUUUGGAGCGGAGUCAAACUCCGCAGAGGCUGAGAGGUUGAAUUGUUUAAUUUAAUAAAACGUCAAUUACAGC